CAAUUAAAAAUCUUGCCUUUCUCUCUCUCUCUCUCUCUCUCUCUCUCUCUCUCUCUCUCUCUGAGUCUUCACACUGUAACUUCAUCUUCAUCUCCAAACUUUCAAUCGCGUAAUGAUGAUCAAGCAAGUUAAGUAGCCUAGCUUACUACUACUACUCCACCGGAUCUCACCGGAGAGAUCUCGCCCUCCGUCUCAUUAACGAUGAUCACCGACGCCGUGAAUCCUCUCUCCACAUCCGACCACAAAAGGGAUGCUUAUGGAUUUUCUGUGAGGCCUCAGCAUGUGCAAAGAUACCGAGAACAUGUCAAAAUCUACCAGGAGGAAGAAGAGGAGAGGUGGGACAGGUGGAACAGUUUCCUCGAAGAUCAUGGAUCAUCUGAAGAAAAAUAUCUGCCACCAGGUCCUAAUUUAACUCCCGGAGAUGAGAAGAAAGUGCUAAGAUCUCAGAUAUGGACUGAGGUCAGGCCAUCUCUUCGAGCAAUUGAGGGCUUGAUGAGUGCUCGUGUAAAAAAGAAAGACCAUUCUUCGAAUGGCGAGCGAGGAGCUCAAAGAUCGAAUCCAUUUCAGGAUGAUUCUUCAGAUAGCACAUGUGUCUCCUCCAGCAUGCCUGCUGCUGAUGCAAAGUCCCAAGUAUCUGCAUUCCCUUGGAAAGAAGAACUCCAAGUACUUGUUCGCGGUGGUGCUCCUAUGGCUCUGAGGGGUGAGCUCUGGCAAGCAUUUGCGGGAGUUAAGAAACGCCGGGUCGAGAACUAUUACCAAAGUCUGCUUGCUGCUGAUGGUCUAGGAAAGGACAUAGAGCUGCAGGAUGAGAAAAGUUCAAGUGCAGACCCACUCGCUGCUGUGGAGAAAUGGAAAGGACAGAUAGAGAAGGAUUUACCCCGGACAUUUCCAGGGCAUCCUGCCCUAGAUGAUGAUGGGAGAAAUGCUCUGAGGAGAUUGCUAACUGCUUAUGCUAGGCAUAAUCCCUCUGUUGGAUACUGUCAGGCUAUGAAUUUCUUUGCUGGACUCUUAUUACUUAUGAUGCCCGAAGAGAAUGCUUUUUGGUCGCUGAUAGGAGUCAUUGAUGACUACUUCAAUGAUUAUUACUCUGAAGAGAUGAUCGAGUCACAGGUUGACCAACGAGUUCUGGAGGAGUUGGUUCGAGAGAGAUUUCCUAAAAUGGUUCAACAUCUAGAUUAUCUUGGAGUGCAGGUGGCUUGUGUUACAGCGCCAUGGUUUCUUUCCAUCUUCAUCAAUAUGCUUCCAUGGGAAAGUGUUCUCAGAGUGUGGGAUGUGCUUCUGUUUGAAGGAAACUGUGUAAUGCUUUUCAGAACAGCACUUGCAUUGAUGGAACUUUGUGUCAUUCUUUAUGUUUAA